GUGCAUGAUCUCGCAAAUGAUGAUGCGUGCGCAGGGUCAAAGGUCACCCAUAAUCUAGUCAUCAUGAUGGCAACAGUUGAGUGCUCCUACUGAACAACACUUGACCAGCUCUCUCUACAUCAGAAGACGUGUUCUUCUUGGCAGCAGAAUGGCGCUUUACAGGGAAGACAAGGACGCCAAGAACAUGUCCGUGGACAUCGGAGGCAUGCGGAAACCAUAUAAAGAAAGCACCGAAGCAUUUACCGAGGAUGAUUUGGUGUCUCAAGAGCCAAUUGGACAAUUUGCUGCCUGGUUUAAUGAAGCAUGCCAGAACCUAAGCAUAGUAGAAUCAAAUGCUAUGUGUUUAGCUACAGCCACAAAAUCUGGGAAACCUUCAGCUCGUAUGGUACUCUUAAAGUGCUAUGGGAAAGAUGGAUUUCAUUUUUUUACUAAUUACAAUAGCAGGAAAGGGCAAGAGCUGGCAGAAAAUCCACAAGCUCAUCUUUGCUUUUACUGGGCACAACUCAUGAGACAAGUACGUAUAGAAGGACGCGUGGAAAAAUUGAGUGAAGAAGAAUCUACUGAAUAUUUUCAUACUCGCCCACACGGCAGCCAGAUUGCAGCAUGUCUUAGUCCACAAAGUCAAGUGAUACCCAACCGCAGUUUUCUUACUGACAAAGAUGAACAAAUGCGAGAGGAAUAUAAAGAUGAAACCAAAUUGAUUCCAAAGCCUGAUUGUUGGGGAGGCUUUCGUGUUGUACCCGAAGUUGUAGAAUUCUGGCAAGGACAGAGUUCUCGUGUGCAUGACAGAAUUCGCUUCAGGAAGGUCACAGCUGAGGAAAACAUUGAUGAAAGUAUGACUAAGCAGGGAACAGAUGGAUGGGUGUAUGAACGCCUGGCUCCAUAGAUUCAAGCAAUAUUGUACAGAA